AUGGGGCACUCUGUUCACAAAGUUGAGAUCGGCAAUCCGCUCGCCCACACAAAGCCAAGCAUACACAACACCAUCUGCCCGGAUGUGCCGGAUUUUGGUCCAGACAGGAACUGGAAAGGUAUCGCCAUCUCUCUGCUGGUCAUCAUGGUCAUACUGUCACUCAUUGGACUGGCCAUCGUUCUUCUUUCCAAAAAUGAUGGCGCGAAGUCUUUAGGCACCCAAUUGACACUGGAUGACCUCUUUCAACGAGAGUUCCAGGUGCAUGACCCUGAUGCUAAGUGGAUCAAUGAUGAGGAGAUCAUUUUCAGGAGCUGGGACGGUGAUGUGUUCAAAGCCAACACGCAGAGCAAUGAGACAGACCUCUUACUAAAAAACACCACUUUUGCAACAUUUAAGGCAUCCAAGUUUGCAGUUUCUCCAGAUCUAAACUUUGUUCUUCUGGGCUAUGACGUGAAACAGGUGUACCGGUACUCUUUCCUGGCAUCCUACUUGAUAUACAACCUGCAUACAAGGGAGGUACAGGAGCUGAACCCUCCAGAGGUGUCGGACUCGGUCCUGCAGUUUGCUUCCUGGGGCGUUCGGGAUCAACAGCUGGUGUAUGUCUUUGAAAACAACAUUUACUACCAGACGGAUGUGAAAAGCAGUUCUUGGAGACUGACGUCUUCAGGACAAGAAGGAGUUGUCUUCAAUGGCAUCGCUGAUUGGUUAUAUGAAGAGGAAGUGCUGCACUCUCAAGUGGCUCACUGGUGGUCCCCUGACGGGUCACGACUGGCCUACCUCAACCUCAACGACACUCUGGUACCCAACAUGCUCCUGCCUCGCUUCACUGGCACCCUCUACCCCAGGGGCCAACUGUACCCUUACCCCAAGGUGGGGCAGGUCAAUCCCACAGUUAAGCUUUACGUCGUCACCUUGGAUGGGGGAUCCCAGACAACUGAACUGCGACCUCCCAACAGCUUUGAAAAAAGUGACUACUACAUAACCAUGGUGAAAUGGGUCACAGAGGAGAAGAUUGGUGUGCGCUGGUUGAACCGAGCCCAGAACACCUCCAUCCUGACGCUAUGUGAGGUCACUAUGGGGGCAUGUCUAAAAAAACAUGUGAUUACAUCAGAGAAGUGGCUUGAUCGUCAGAAUGAAGAGCCAUUGUUUUCCAAGGAUGGGAAUACCUUCUUCCUGACCAUGCCAAUAAAACAUGGUGGACGAGGGUCAUUCCACCAUAUCACCAUGAUAUCUGACCAGUUCAAUGGUGAUGAGGUCAACAUGCGCCACCUGACCUCUGGCAGCUGGGAGGUGUCUCAGAUCCUGGAGUAUGAUGAGGAAGCAGAUACAGUUUAUUUCCUUAGCACAGAAGAUAGUUCAAUACAAAGACAACUGUACAGGUACUCAAAUAGCUGGCAACACAAUCCAAGCAAUGUUCUCGCGGACAUUGCACACAUGGAGGCGGAACAGGCACUGCUGGCAGUCACUGAGGGGCAGAGCAAGAAUGACACUUUGGAGAAGAACACUGCACUAAGAGAUGCACUGAUAUGUAGGAAUAUACCAAGGAGAGAUAUCAGGACCCUACAAAUCAACAACUUUGCACUUCGUCUGGAGCUGACCUUGCCAAUAGAUUUUGAUGAGGCCACAGCGCAUCCACUUCUGCUGAUCCUUGACAGUGCCCCCGGUGGCCAGGCGGUGAGUGACCAGUUUGUUCUUGACUGGGACUCUGUUCUGGUCAGCUCGGAUAACGUCAUCGUGGCUCGCCUGGACGGCAGUGGGAGUGGGUUCCUGGGCCAGCGGGUCCUACAUGAAGUCUACCAGCGUUUGGGAACUGUGGAGGUGCAGGACCAGAUCGCAGCAGUAGAGUACCUGACCAAGCUGCCAUAUGUGGAUAAAAAUAAGGUUGCUGUUUAUGGAAAGGCUUAUGGGGGUUUCCUGAGCUCUCUUCUACUCCUCUCCUCUGGCUCCAUGUUCAGAUGUGGGGUUGCAGUUGCUCCCGUGACAGACUGGAGACUCUACGGUUCGGCCUUCACUGAGCGUUACUUUGGGUUUCCGGUCCAGGAUGAGCGUAAAUAUCAACUCUCCAGUCUGCUUCCCAACAUCACAGGCACAGGUCAACGGAAGUUUCUCAUCAUCCAUGGAACAGCAGAUGCCACCGUUCAUUUCCAGCAUUCCGCAGAGCUGGUGAAACUUCUGUCAAUAUCAAACGUUAACUACACUCUGCAGAUCUUCCCGGACGAAGGCCACAACAUUUACUCUGUGAAGAGCCAACGCUACUUGUUGAACUCUGUCAUGACCUUCUUCAGGGAAUGCUUCCUAGUGGAAAUUCCUGUAGCUCAUCCUGUGUCUGAGGAUGACUAGGAUGACCAUAUCUCACCUUGUUUUUGUAGAACCUGUUGCUCCUGGAAACGAGAAAGUGGUCUAUGACCUGCUUGUCUGAGGAACCACCAGUGAGAAGUGGUGAGGUAUGGUGAGACAAAGUGAAUGAGAGAGGGGUCAGACAAUGUUGUUGUGCUCUAUGAAGGGUAAUGAUAGGCUGAGAUGAGAAUGAAGAUUUUUCCUGUACAGUGAUAAUUUUUCCUAUUGCUAUGAUCACGCAAUAGUUCACAUAGAAACAUUUACGGUAUUACCAGUGUUCUGCAAAUAUCAUAAGUAUACAGUUAGCGUGGUAGAGUUUCAGUAGAGAAGAAGGGAAACUUCAUAUUAGCUGUUUGUAUGGGAGAUAUGUUUUUGUCUUUACUGUUAAAGAUGUGAAGGGAGAUAUUUAUUCAUUUUUCCUUUUAAAGAAUAUAGUUAUUUCAGACAGCUGUAAUGUUUUGUGAAUUUUAUACCUAGAUACAUAUUCAAUUCUAAUAUGGCAUUUAGCAGGCGCUUUUAUCCAAAGCAAUUUACAGAGUAUGCAUUAGGGAUAAAUACAGGUAGCCAGGAUCCUAGGACUUCACUCUUCACAUUUCCCCCCAAAAUAAAAUGACCUGGGAAAUUAAAACAUUUCCCCCAAUAUUGCACUAAUGCAAUUUUACAAAAUACACAAUCUGCGCAGAAGCAAAUUGUCAAACAUUUUAUAUAUAGUACAUUAUCCAAUCAGGUUGUCGCAUGGAAGCCUUUAGUCUAGAGAAUUUACUUCACACAAAGUCACCAUAAAUUCAAAGCACACACAAAAUUGACACUGCUGGACUGCAGACAAGACUUAAAUACAGUUUAGAGUUCUCAUCAGAACUGAAUAUUCUAAAAUGAGCCCGAACCCCCCAAAAGAAAUUCAGAUUUAAAAAACAACAACUAUAGGCUAUAUUGAUUUAAAAUGGUGUUGAGAACAACGUGGUGGUUGGGGGAGGCAGCAGAGUGAGUAGAUGAGGAAACAGCCAUUGGGACUAGAAAAAGCACAAAGAGAGGAAAACUCACCUUAUUUAUGAUCAACUGAUGAUGAAAAUAUUGGAAUAAAAUAGGCUCAUGCAAUUGAAAGCAUUGCUGCUACUGAAACUCACUCGGUCAUAUAUUCAACCGUUAUACUAAUGUAGUUUGAGAGUUCUUUCAAUGGUGGAUGACUAUCUAUGUCAGGGGUGUCAAACUCAUUCCAUUUAGGGCCCAGUGUCUGUGGGUUUUUGUUUUUUCCUUUCAAUUAACACCUAGACAACCAGGUGA